AUGCUCUCGCUCCUCGUCGCCGCAACCAGCUUCUCCCCUGUCGGCAGCGGGCCGGCACGUGGCUUAACGCACUCCAUCGGCAGCGGGCCGGCACGUCAGCGCCCGGCGGUGCUGUCCGCCGCCAACUGCGAGACGGAGCUCCCGGCCGGGCAGCGCCACUUUCUGCACGUCGACGACCUGAGCACCGCCGAGGUGCGCGAGGUGCUCGACCUCGCAAAGCGGAUCAAGGCGACGCUCGCCGCCGGCGGACCGGGCUACCGGCCGUUUGCGGACCAGACCCUCGCAAUGGUCUUCACCAAGCCGAGCUGCCGCACUCGCGUCUCCUUUGAGUCGGGCUUCCGGCGGCUCGGCGGCCAUGCGCUCUGCCUCGGCGAGGAGGUCGGGAUCGGGACGCGCGAGGCGACCAAGGACGUGGCGCGGGUGCUGGCGUCGAUGAACGAGCUGCUCAUGGCGCGCCUCUACGCACACGCCGACAUGCUCGAGCUCGCCCAGUUCUCAAAGGUUCCCGUCGUCAACGGGCUGACGGACUACAACCACCCGUGCCAGAUCGUCGCCGACGCGCUCACGAUCGAGGAGGUCGUGCCGGACGGCUCCAUCGAGGGGAAGAAGGUGGUGUACGUCGGAGACGGCAACAACAUCGUCCACUCCUGGCUCGAGCUCGCCUGCGUCGUCCCCUUCGACUUCGUGUGCGCCUGCCCGAGCGGCUUCGAGCCGGACGCGGAGCUGGUCGAGCGGGUGGCGAAGAGCGGCGUCGGCAGCGCGCGGGUCGUUGUGGACGACCCGACGGGCGCCGUCUCUGGCGCCGACGUCAUCUACGCCGACGUGUGGGCCUCGAUGGGCCAAAAGGAGGAGGCGGCGACGCGCGAGGCGGUCAACGAGGCGCUCCUCGCGGCGACCGGCAGGGACGACACCCUCUUCCUGCACUGCCUGCCCGCGGAGCGCGGCCGCGAGGUCUCCGACGGCGUGAUGGAGUCGGCGCAGUCGCACGUCUUUCGCCAGGCGGAGAACCGCAUGCACGCGCAGAAUGCGAUCAUGGUCUUCUGCGCUGGCGCCGCCCGGCCGGCUGCCUAG